AUGACGUCCCUGCAACUGUUCCCUGAAAAGGAUCACAACAUAAGGGGGGCGCCUCCAGAAUGGGGGACGGGACAGCCCGACGAACACACGGACCUGUGGGUACCCCGCGCUGCUACCUGGAUUUACACAGGUGAGCCUCGAGACCAGUAUUAUCGCCUGACUCAACUCAAACUGAGCAACUUGAGGAAAGAUGACCAACUUGUACCCCGACCACAAGAUACAGUCAUGGGGAAGCUACUCAUUAACAAGUCAUUUCCGGCGGAGCACCCAUACCACUCUCAUAUGUCACAACUGGCUGUUUUCCCAAAGUUCGAUUCUUCCGAGGACCCCAAGAGAGGGGUCAAGGCUAAACAGGAACGACCAAUCAAUUCCGAGAUGCCGGCCAAUCCAUAUGACAUCACCAUAGUAAAAAAAACUAAAGGUUCUGGUUUGCGACACGAAAUGCAGGCACUGCCACAACAGUCGGAGAAAGCACCCCUUCACUGGCUAGGAGAGAACUUCUUCGAUCAGCAAGUGAAAAGCCACGGCGGCCGACAAGAAUUCUACCCGGUUCCACCGAGGGCGAUAAACCCGAAUCUUGUUGAACGUCAUGGCAACAUGGCGCUGUCCGACCGCUCGGCUAACACACUGAGAAACGUGGAGAGAUCCCAUUGGACGACGACUCAUGAACUUGAUUACACAGGCUUGGGGCCAAGCAAUCCCCAGAAGCUGGAUAAUCUUGAAGACAAAAGAUUCAACUUCCUAUUAACUGGGAAAGAAGACGAUAAACUGAAGCCAAGGGGGAUAAACACGUUCGACCCACCGCGGCCUGUGGAAGGCAGAGUAGCCCGGAUGUUGACCCCGCGACCACGUAAUCAACCCAUGCUGGAAAGCGGAACACCCAGCAAUCCAAACUAUUCAAGAAAGAUGACAUUAAGCGAGAGAGAGGAAAACCGACUAUGGAACGGCCAGGAGUACAUCAACCUUCCAGAGAAUGCUCCUGGCGAUCUCCGCUGGAGGGAGAUCGAGCUGGGCUGUCAUCCUAACCCUCAGAUCGAGGCCAUCGGACGCGCGCAGAUGAGCCACUCGGUGGAGGAGGCACCAUACCCUCCUACUGGCCCUCCUCCUGACGACGAGGAGUCUUACCUGAAGAAGCUGGCGGAAGAACGCGAGCAGACGAUACAAGAGAUGGAGGCUCAGAACCGGUGGAAGGUCCUCGAGUCGGGCACGCCUUCCCACGACAUCACGGCUCUGAACGUGAAGUACCAGCACGUCGACGACACCGACAGACCGUCGACGUUCUACGGACACGAAGGGAGGUACAACGAGGAGCGGGCUGGGCUGUACAAGACGAGCUACGACCCGAAGAGGCUGUCGCAUUCCAUGGCAGACUUGGGAUCCGCUGCUCCCGAACUCAUGUACGCGAUCGACUCCGGGCUCAAAGUCUCCAGCACGGCCACGAGUCUUCGCGAGGAGGUUCCUGAUUCGCUGAGACAGAGCAAGACUCUGGGAACAGUCCAGGCCAGACUGAGCGGUGACAAGCCGUCUGCUGUCGAUCAGAUUGUGCCCUUCAUGGACGGGAAGGGCCACCAGAAGGAGGUCCUACGUCCAUCGACUGAAGGCGCAAGGACAAGGAUACAAGAAGGAGGAGUAACGCUGAGGGAAAGCACGAUGGGGGACAGUUACAAUGUGCACAAGUUUCUUCAGGAGAACAUCAUUCCCAAACACGCCAGGAACGAGCCUCUCUUUGUGAUGUCUCACCAGAAUCAGAAACUGAGCAACGUCGUCAGGGCAUCGUCGCAAAGAAGGACCCCGAAGAGCGUCCAGUUCUCUGACAACGUCACCGUAGCAACGGUGAACACAGACAUGCCGGUGAGAAUGUUUUCAGCGGGUGAUUCCAACGGAGUUGGUAACUUUGAGGAACAACAGCGAAGAGCUGCUGCUGGUGUUGCUGGUGGUGGUGAUGUCGUCGUGAAUACCACCCAGUACCUGAGCACGCAGGCUCAGUACAACAAGGAAAACGAAGGCAGUCUGAUCUUCAAUCAAAAGCCCAGUGUGUUUACUCAGACUCCCAGGCCGCUGGAGCCUGUCGUGGAGUCUCGCCAGAUGAUGGAGGUACAGCCGCGACGCCAUGCACGACGUCCCGCUACCACCGACACUGAGUACCGAGACGAGUUUGUAAGCCACUCGACGAACUUCCUUCCCACUAACUUGAAGUACGUUCCGUCGUUUCGCACCUCCUACGAAAACCAGUUCCCCUACCACGACAUCGGGUACAAGAACGAUGAAGUGUUUAAGUGGGAGCCCGGAUGCGGAUGGCCCCGCCCACAGACGGCGCUGCUGGACAUACAGAACAGCUUCAAGAAGACAGAAGUGAGGAAGAAGUUUCACGCCAUGUUUAACGAGGGUGCGCCGGAUCUACGGCGGAAUAUACACCAAGGAAAGAAGCACUCGUUUAACGGAAUAAACGCGCAGCUUAUACAUGGAUGAGUCGGUUAGAACUACACCCCGUAUCAGUCUCCAUUUUAAAAUGUGUUUUUCUCAGUCAGUAAUACCAGUUUUUUUGUUUAAAUGAAAGAAAUUGGCAGCUGUUAUAAAAAUGUCAAAACACCAUAGGCGUUUGAAGCGGGUGGUGGUGGUGGUGGUGUGUGUGUGUGUGGAGGGGGUGUGGGGGGUGCACUGGCUUCCAACUCUGAAGGUAAUUAAUACAUUAGUCCCCAACUCUGAAGAUAAUGUACUAACCCCCACCAGUUGAAAAUCAAAUUAAUAUGCACUCCCCCAGUUGCUGUCGUCUUCCGACGCCAUGAAAAUGUUCUAAUUUUAUCUGUAAUUUGUGAAAAAUAUUGUUCAAGAUAUAAAUAAAACAAAAAUACUCAUCCACGUUGAAGAAUGUCGUCUGCUCAAGGGGUUCGAAAUGGUAUCUAGCAGACGACGUUCUUAACUUUGGGUAAGUAUUUCGGUUUUAUUUAUAUCUUUACCAAUGUUUCUACAUAUUUUAGAUACAAAUAGAAAGAACUUUGUGACAUUUAAAAAAAGGUUUUCUUUUUUCUUGUGCUGUCAGACCAAACGGAUAUUAUUGACAAAAAUUUGUGUAUAUAUAGUGGUCACGAAAUAGCGUGUAGUCAUUCACCCCUACCCGCCGCCGCCCCCAUCUCGUUGCGUGUUAACCCUCGUAAUGGUGAACCAUCUGACAGUGAUUCAUGGAAGCAGGACUCAUUAUAUUGUCGAAACUUCCUUUUGUUUUUGUCUUGUAGCGAUACGAUUUUGAAAAUGUUAAGCAGGCCUCGACCGUAACGUUUUUCAGUGGUAGCCCAUCGGGCUUCCAGAUUAUGAAAUCUGGUAGUCCUCAGUAAAUUUGGUAGCCCACAAUUUUAAUAAACUUUUAAAAAAGGAGACAAAAAAGCUAAAUUUAUUUUUAUUUAAACGUUGUAUUAGGAUGGGUUUUUUAUUUAUUUAUUUUUUUUUUUUAUUAUUUUUUUUUUUUUAGGUAUUUAAGCAUCUUGUUGAUUGCAAAGUCACUGGAGGUGCAAAAAAACACAAAAAAACUAGUAGCCCGGCGACUACCAGCUUUAAACAUCUGGUAGCCCGAGUGAGAAAUUGGUAGCCAAAACGCUACGGGUUACUGCUAAGGUCGAGCCCUGUUAAGUAUUCUGUCAUUCAGAUUAUAAAAUGUUUCGUAAAAUAUUUCUGAAACUUUUUGCUCUCAAAUCGCCCUCAAAUAAUCUCAUUUUUAGCACAAUGCUUCAGCUUUGUUGGUUUUGCGUGGUAUGCUUUCACGCUAAGGUUUUCAAACUUUGUUUUCGCCGCAGUUUUAUGUAGAAAUUCGAGUUAUUAUUUAUUAACACAAAGAUACAAUUAUUAAUCGAGCUGCAUACUUUCGAUUGUUUAUUUGUAAGAUGACGUUCUGUAGGUCUCAUCGGAGUGAGAUUUUCACACGAAUAUUAUUACCAGUUGAAAACAUUCGAUUUUGAAUUUUGUGCAAGGGCCACAGUGGUUUCGAGUCUGUAUGUAUGUACACACUGAUGAAAAGAUAUAAAGCAUCAUACAAAACAGUUACAGCAAAUAGUGAUGGCGACUAAAUUCCAACAGGAAGAAAGGAAUCGAUCCCCGUCAGUAGGCCCAUUGGGCUAUUUCUCGUUCCAGUCAGUGCACCACGACUGGCACACCAAAGGCCGUGGUAUGUACUACCCUGUCUGUGGGAAAAGAGUAGCCCAUGAAG